AUGCUUAUAAGAUCGACUUUGAUCACUGCUCUAUACAAGAAAGGGUUAAAGCUUACCGGCUCUGCUCACGGCGUUGGGCAAAUCGUGAAUUACAUGGCCGUCGAUACACAACAACUUUCCGAUAUGAUGCUUCAAUUACAUGCGAUUUGGCUUAUGCCAUUGCAAGUAACUGCGGCUCUUGUGCUUCUCUAUGGUACCCUUGGACCUUCAGUAUGUUAUCGGUUUAGCUUGAUGAUGAAUGAGAUGCUUAAUUACAUGAGAGUGAUAAAAUUUCAAGCUUGGGAAGAUCAUUUCAGUGAGAGGAUUCUCAAGUUUAGAGAGAUGGACUUUGGUUGGUUAUCCAAGUUUGUUUACUCGAUUGCCGGAAACAUUAUCGUGCUUUGGAUUACUCAGGUGUUGAUCUCGGCGCUUACUUUCACAACCGCGGUUUUCGUGGGAGUUAAGCUUGAUGCAGGCACAGUUUUCACCACCACGACAAUUUUCAAGAUACUUCAAGAACCAAUCAGGACGUUUCCUCAGUCUAUGUUCUCGAAGAGUCAAAAAUGCGAUGGGAGUGUCGCUGUCAAAAUCAAAGAUGGAAGCUUUAGUUGGGAUGAUGAAGAUGAUGAGCCUGCGAUUGAAAACAUAAAUUUCGAGGUUAAGAAAGGAGAGCUCACGUUGAUUGUAGGGACCGUUGGAGCAGGGAGCUUCGGUUCGGGUUUGUGGGACAACGGAGCGCACACAUCGUGGAUUCAGAGAGUUUGGAGAUCAGGGAACGAGGAAUUAACCUUAGUGGAGGUCAGAAGCAGCUUGCUCGAGGGGUUUAACCUUAGUGGAUGA